AUGAAGGAGAUGGCGCCACUACGCGCCUAUCAGAAUAUGGCCAUUCUGAAGAAGAACGUCCCUAUGCACAUGCGCACCCUUUAUCACUUACCGAUGAUGAGUUUCGACUAUAGUUGCUCGCAACCGCAUUUUCGAUCCUACCUUCGGUUCGCAAUUACGAAAGACCCUGGUGUCUUAUAUGCAAUGUUGGCUGUUUCUGGCAAGCAUCUCGAGGCAACAAAGUCAAAGAUUUGCAAAUCGGAUGAAUACGAACGGAAGUCUCUGGGUAUACUGAUUCCGAUGCUCAGCGAAAACGAUGCCACACAGUCACAGGGUGACGCAGUGCUUAUAUCUGCUCUGCUCUUGCGACUACUGGAUGAAAUGACAGCACCUCUAUUUUUACGAAUACGACAGCAUGACCCAAAGCCUUCAGAGCUGAGCAACGCAGCUAUGACCAUCGUUCUUAGGCAAGAGAUUCAAGUUGCAAAUAUGAUUAAGCGACCCGUGGAGGUAAUGGGAAUUGAAUGUGGCAUUGACGACUCGCUUGGACCUGCAUCAGACGUAAUGUGGACAUGCCGGAUGAUGUCCCAUGCUGCGCGAGUCACCAAUUAUGCAUACGGGGACAACCCCCGAACUGAAACUCUUUGGAACCAACUAUGGAGUUACCUUGAUCAAUGGAGUUUGGAAAAGCCCAGCUCAUUAAACCCUCUCAACAGAUGCGAGGGUGGUACCUGGCUGGAAAAUCCAAGAAGUCAGGAUCGAAUUUUCCCGGAGAUUUACUACGUGCACGAUUGUUCAAUUGCCGGCCAGCAAUAUCUAGAAUUAUGCAAAAUCAUACUCCUGGCGCAUGACCCUCAGAUACCGGCCUUGGGUUUGGGCCGUACGAAUUACAUGAAGGCGCAAGAAGAGAAAAUCAGAGAGACUGUUCGAAAUCUUUGCGGGAUUUGGCUAUCGAACCCCGAAUAUGUCCCCGCAAAGAUCUUGGCGAGCCUAGGAAUUGCAAUGACGGGCGAGCUGUUCACAGAUCCCACUGAAACGAGACAGCUUUUUAAUAUUAUAUCUGAAGCUGAAAUGCACGUUGGAUGGCCAUGUCUCAAAGUGAGCCCUCAGCUGAAGGAAUUCUGGUCGUUGAACAAUACAAGUGCUAGUAGCGAGAACUAG